GUAACACCGGAAAUCUCAACAGCAGCAGUCAUGGCGUCCACUGCUGCGACCCGGACUGCGGCUGGUGCAGCCAAAGUUGUUAAGCCCAUUUUUAGCAGAGAUUUGGACGAAGCGAAACGCAGAGUCCGGGAGCUGUACCGAGCCUGGUACCGAGAAGUCCCUAACACAGUGACGACGUUUCAGCUGGAUAUCAACACGCAACAGGGCCGAGACAAAGUGAGGGAGAUGUUCGACAAAAACAAGCAUGUCACUGACCCCCGUCUGAUUGACAUGUUGGUCAUUAAGGGAAAAAUGGAACUCCAGGAGACUAUCCACGUAUGGAAACAGAAGACACAUAUAAUGCGUUAUUUCCACGAGUCUGAGGAACCACGCGCCACUGAUUUCUUGUCCAAAUUUUACCGUGCUAACGAACCCUGAACUCAUCCUCACCUUAGACCCCCUUGUCUACUGUGACAGGAGAUCCAUUUACUGUAAAUACAAAUGUAACAUUCA